AUGGAUAAGUACUUCAGCACCUAUGAGAAUAGACCAAGACAUCUGAAAACGCAAUCUGGUCUAAUACAGAAAGCCAUAGAACUGAAGAAAGCAUUACAAAUCAAUGACAAACCAAAAAGCCUUUCUCUCCCCAUGAACCCAUUAGCAGACAUUGAUGUAGUGUGUUGUACCAAACUGCUUGACUUCUUCAAGAAAUCAAACACUCAUCCAGAGCAAAUCCACUCACUGACCCUUGAGACAAUCAAUGUCAACUAUCCUGGAGAUCAAUGGCUCCAAGUCUUCACUGAUGGGUCAUACAUAGAAAGCCAAGCAAACAUCGGUGCAGGUGACUUUUCUGCACUCUCCUCUUUCUACGCAGCAGCGGGACACAAUAGAUCCGCUAUUGAAGGAGAAAUAGAGGCCAUUAGGAUAGCGCUAUGCCAAUUAUGUUGCCUGGAUACGAAAUUCACAUAA